GUAUAAAAAAAAUGUCAAACGAAGCUAAUCUUCCAGGUGUAGAGCAUCGCGAUGUCCAAUACUUUGGAUACUAUGCUAUGCUUCAACACCAACAAAAUAUGCUUCAAGAUACCGUCCGCACCUCUACCUAUCAAUCUGCAAUCUUAUUGAACAAGCCCAAGUGCUUUGAAGGAAAAACUGUGAUGGACGUUGGUGCUGGCUCGGGCAUUCUUUCAUUCUUUGCUGCCCAGGCAGGUGCCAAGAAGGUUUAUGCUGUCGAAGCUUCUGGAAUGGCAAAGAAGAUGAAGAAGCUGGUUGAUACAGCUGGCAAAGAUGGAAAGAACGCGUUCAUGAAAGGCAAAAUAGAAGUCAUCAAUGCCAAGAUUGAGGAGCCCAAUUUACCUAUUCCCAAGGUUGAUACUAUUGUGUCCGAACCUAUUGGUGUUCUUUUGUUCCAUGAACGCAUGCUUGAGAGUUAUAUCUACGCAAGAGACCACUACUUGAAGCCCGGAGGAGCCUUGUUCCCUUCAAAGGGUAACAUCUAUCUUGCACCUUUUACGGAUGCCAUGCUGUGGACUGAGACCAUGGGCAAAGCUCGAUUCUGGCAGCAACAAUCAUUCUACGGAAUUGAUCUCACUUGUCUUUAUAAAGACGCUCGUGAGGAGAUGUUCGGUAUGCCCGUGGUGGGCCAUUUCGAUCCACGCAAUUUGAUUACGACACCUACAGUGUGCGAUGCAUUCCCCGUCGAUUUCUCUACUGUAACUUUAUCAGAGUUGAAAGACAUCACAAUGCCUUAUGACUGGGAGGCAGACUACACCGGCCUUAUGCAUGGCAUUGCUGGCUGGUUUGAUCUUGUCUUUGGUCCUCCUCCUUACACCACAAACCAGGAAACACUCGGAACUACUGUUGAGUUGGCCACAGGACCCAUGGCCGAACGUACUCACUGGCAGCAAGUCCGUUUCUUGUUCAAGGAACCCCUAGCAGUCAAUGCCACCCAGCGUAUCCAUGGCUGGAUGCGUUGUAUUGUUAACGAUACUCGAUCUUACACAAUCUUUGUUGAGGUAACAGUAGGAGACUCAGUUCCAUUGUCCGAUCCUUCCAAACUUGAUCCAACCACCUUUGGUGAUUCAUCUACAUCCACACAUCCCUUGGUCCGUCGUGGAAAAUGGGAGCUUCACGAACAAACAUACAACUAUAGCUACACACCCGGACAGACCGUUGACCAUAAACCCGAAUAUUCGUGCCUCUAUCAGACAGAAGCCCGUCUCGAUGAUGUACCUGAUCAGCAUGAUCUUAGUCUUGAAGCUAUGCGUAUGAUGGAUCAGUACGAAGACUUUGUCAACUAAAAACCCAAAAAGAGAGAAAGAGAGAGAAAAAGAUACUAGACCAAAGCACCCUAAAAAAAGAGAAAGCAGAAGAAUUUCACUCUGCCAACAUUUAUUUCAAUGUCACAAAACACAAAUACGCCAACACACAAACAGGCAGACAGGCAGACAGACAAAAUAUACACGCAUGAUAAAAUAACACCAUCAUUAUCACCAGCAAGCACUCCAACAUUUCUCCUAUCUCUUUCUAUAAUAUUUUUUUAACUCAAUAAAGAAACCUCCAGUUCCCUGGAUCGAUCCCUUUCAUUUCAUUUC